UUUUUGAUAUGUUCACCUAACAAUAUGAGGAGAUAUUGAUUCUUUUGCCCUCCUAGUAAAGAGUAAGUAGAUGGUCUUACCUCUGGUUGCCUCUGGAAAUUGGAGGUGUAUGAAAAUAAAAGGAUUAAUAUUAAAAAAUAUUUUUCCCUCCUGCAGAAAAGUAACAGGCCAACCAACAGCAAUUAUUGCACGUACAUUAAAAGGAAAAGGAAUUGAAGGAGUUGAAGAUAAAGAUAAUUGUCACGGAAAGCCAGUAACUUUGGAUAAAGCAGAAAUUAUUGCUUCAAAAUUGGGAAAUAAAACAACAAGAAAUUCGUGGGAAUUGGAAAAUUUAAUUGAUGAUGCUCCUCAAGUUGAUUUUGAGAUUGGAAAAAUUAAAAUGAGUUCGCCGCCAAAUUAUCAAAUUGGAGAGAAAGUAGCUACUCGUUUAGCUUAUGGAAAUGCUCUUGUUAAAUUGGCUGAUACAAGCAAAAGGAUUAUUGCUUUGGAUGGUGACGUGUCAAACUCCACAUUUUCUGAUAAAGUUCUCAAUAAAUAUCCUCAGCAAUUUGUUCAAUGCUUUAUUGCUGAACAAAACAUGGUUGGCGUUGCUGUAGGGAUGUCUUGUCGUGGACGGACUAUCCCACAUGCUAGCACCUUUGCUGUUUUCUUUACUCGUGCUGCUGACCAAAUUCGAAUGGGGGCAAUAUCUUUUGCUAAUGUUAAAUUUGCUGGUUCACAUGCUGGUGUUUCUAUUGGAGAGGAUGGGCCAAGUCAAAUGGGACUUGAAGACCUCGCACUUUUCCGAUCAGUUCCAAAUAGCAUCGUUCUUUAUCCGACUGAUGCGGUUUCUACAGAAUAUGCAACUGAAUUGGCUGCAAAUUAUAAGGGAAUUACUUUUACUCGUACUGGACGUCCUAACACUCCUGUUAUUUAUCCAAAUGAUGAGAAAUUUGAGAUUGGAAAAUGCAAGGUUAUCCGCCAAACAAAUGAAGACAAAUAUUUAUUAAUAGGCGCGGGUGUAACACUCUACGAGUGUAUUAAAGCUCAUGAUAUUUUGAGUUCUGAAGGUAUUCAAGUUGCUGUUAUUGACCUUUUCUCUGUCAAGCCUUUGGACAAUCAAACACUUAUUGAGCAAGCUAAACGUGUUGGAGGGAAAGUUUUGACAGUAGAGGAUCAUUAUCAGACUGGAGGUAUUGGUGAAGCUGUAGCUUUGGCGUUAGGUGAUGUUCCUAAUGUUCGUGUUCGCAGUUUGUGUGUUAAAGAAAUUCCACGUUCUGGUACACCUGACGAACUUAUGGAUUUGUAUGGAAUUUCUGCAAAGAAAAUUAUAGCGGCAGUGAAGAAUUAUUAA